AUGGGCAUCGUAGAGAAGUUGUUGGCACAAUUUGACAAAAAGAAGCGGCAGGUAUCAGGGGAAACCACGCUAAAUGGCGGUAUCAUAAGCAGGCCUGCUGACAGAAGGAAUUUAUUUACAGAACGAGGAUGCUGUAAAAGACAUAGCAAUUUUCUCUAUAUUGGACAAGAUAUAUCUGGCAGUCCUGUAAGUGUGGAUGUGGGAUUGUGCAGAUCUCACUGUGGAGUCCCCCAAAGAUUCAAUUCUUACAAUUCUGGAAUUCAUGGGCUUUCAAAACAUUCAUCAAUGCUGGAGUUCCUGAAAAAUAAAAAGUUAAGAGAGAGAAUGCCUGACACAACACUGACGUCAACCUCAGAGCCAUCGUGUCCCCAUGAGAAUAGCUGUCAACCAACAAAGGUUGGACUGGAGAGGGUUCUGCUUUUCCAGGGAGUUCAAGAAGUGGAGGUGAUUGAGGACUGUCAAUGCAAUCCCACCCCACAGGAAUGUAUCCGAAUGCCGUUUCUGAAGACAUUCUUCACAGACACACCGUUUGAAUCAACAUUGGAUGUAGGAAAAUGCUCAAGCCCCACAGUUAGUUCAGGUCUACACUGCUCCCCAACUAAAUUUGACACUGUAGUUGUUGAAAGUCCAAAUGGAGCAGAGGUAGUGAAGACUGUGGAAACAUGUGAAAUGAAGGAGAAUUGCUAUAGGGUCACCUAUCUUGAAUAUUACUAUGAAGUCACCUAUAAUGCCAAUGGUGUCAAAGAAGAAAGACUAAAGGAAAUUGAUGUAGGACGUUGCUUAGGAGGCUGUUCAUCAGGAAAUCAUUGUCUGCUCAGGGAUUCUCGUAACAGAGAUUACUGCUUGGUUUGGGCUGAAGGAUCGGGAAAUGGUUGUGUACCACAGGAAUAUGAAACAUAUACUUUCAGAAGCCGAAAUGGACUCAUACGCUCAGUGUUAGCUAUUAAGACAUGCAAAUGUCAAAUGUAA